AUGUGGGCGGUACCGAAAGACGGUAUUGAGUUGUUACAUGAUUGGCUGGAUGAAGUGGGUGAUACGGAUAUGAAUGUACGAAGUAAUCGUUUAGUAAAGCAGGGAAUGAUGAUAUUUGAUUGCGAUGAAAUGAUGCCCAUUUUGAAGUCUCUUUCUAAGAAAUUUCCUGUCUACAAGUUUGUUGGGAAGAUUAAGCCUCAUGUUCCAGUGAUUGAGAAAAAAGUUGAUCCCGAAUAUGAGGCUAGACUAGAAAAGUUGAGGCGAGAAGAGGAAGAUCGCGAAUAUCGUAAGAUGACACGAUCAGUUGAUCCUAACCAGAUUUAUGGGCGUGAAAACUUGUUACAUGGAUUUGCUGAAGAAAUGAAAGCAGUGAAUAGACAGUUGAUGGUGAUAUUAAAUACACUUCUCACAGUAGCUGGUGGUUUUUCAUUCGGAUAUUUUGGAAUAGGUUAUGCUUAUCCAAAUUUACAUCUGAAUGUGGCAUUUCGAGUAGCUCUUGGUCUAGUAAUUGCCACUGUUGUUUUCUUCGCAGAUCUAUACUUCAUAGUAAAAGGAAUGGAUGAUGAAGGAGAGAAACCAAUAAAGCCAAAGAAGAUGGUUGUAACAGAGAAGAUACGGAAAAGUAGUACGAUAAAGAAAAAGCAGUGA